AUGUCUAAGGUCGAUGUUGAUCUGGGAGAUCUCUUGGCUAAGGUGCUCCCCACCGGUGUCAAGGUCACCAUUCGCCAUAUCUCGUCAGCCCCUACCCCAUGCACAGCGCUCUUUGCGCCUCCUCCAGGCGAAGAGCCCGAGUCGACGUUUUGUGAAAACCAUUUUCUAACCGUCUCCGUGAAUGCCGUCGAGCAUGAUGGACCUGAGAUUAUCGUCUUUGGAAUCGAAGUUCUGGUCUACAGCACAGCGCAUUUAACGACUGUUUUCGUCUCCAAGGCCGAUUCUACUGGAUUCCUGCAUUUACUGAAGGAUGCACCGAAAGUUUCGCUCAUCAGGCGCAUCUCUAAUGGCUUCCUGUCUUUCCUGGUGCAGACGCAUCAACGGCCGGGCGUUCGGCAAGUGGUGUCAUUGUUCGCUCGGGCUCAGAAUCAGUAUCUGUUCCCCGGCAGCAUCGAAAAUUCAGGAAAGCAUGUUCUCGACGAUAGGGGCCUGAUUAAAUGGUGGUGUCGCGUUGUCGACCCCAUAUUGCGCGAGUAUGAGCCGGAAUCAGGAUCCCACGAGAAAGGUCUCCUUGACCGUGCCAUGGAAUCCGCUAAAAGCUCUGCAACAGCAUUCUUGAUUGUCCCAGGAUGCGACAAAUUUGAAACUCGAGGUUUCUUUCCUGGUGCCGCAAAGUCAGAUGAUAAAGAACGCCCCAGGUGGCUGAACAACUACCCGCUUCAUCAGCUGUGCGAUAACACCAAAGCGCCUCCACGCUGCUUAAUUCCUCGUUUUCCAGAUGAUCCAAAAACGCGCUUUCUGCUUGACCUGGACGAUGAGCUCCCGCAACAAUCGGAGAUUGCGGGCUCGAAGGAGGGCGCUGGGCAGUGGAGGAGCGUCAAAUCCCUAGACCAGUUCUGGGAGAUGAUGUCUUUCCGGCAGGAGUGUUCUGCUGGACGACUGGUCGGAUUCUUGUGGCUUGUUAUUAAUCCUCCAGGUCUUGUCAAUUCAGUUCAAAUGACAAGCUCUAGACCUGUUUUCAAAGAGAAAGCAAAGGAUUCCUCGACAACGACCGUCCCGGGAUCUGACAAGGUGGAUUCAAAACCUACCAGGCCAGAAGUGCCUAUUUCUUUUAAUUCCCAGUCUUCAGACGCCGCCAAAGAUUCUAUAGCAGAGGCAACGUCAGGUGGUCCUGUGCAAGACCCAUCUUCCCAGACGGACAGCUUGUCUUCUGAGUUUCAUCCCACAAUACAGCCGAACACAGACCUGAACGCAUUCUACUGGCCAGAAGCAGGCCGCGGUCACGCUGUUAUGAGUGAAGAAGAUUACAAAACCGCGAUCAAUUUCCUACUUGAGCAAGACUUCUACAACCAAGAGGUUUCUAUAGCCAGCACUAAGGCGUGGAGUGAGAAAGUCGCAUCAAUCGUGGACCAGCUUUGGGUCGGUCAGCAGGUCACAGGAAGGAGCACGUCUGGGGAAUCUGUCGAUAAAGCUGCUCCAACAACAAACAUCAUCAACACUGGAUUGGUUCGAAAGCGAAAGAAAGAUGAGCAGAGCCAAGCAACAACAGCACAAAAUGAAGGGCGAGAGGGGGACGGUACAGUCUCAAGUGCGGCGACAGCAGAGACUAGUACAACAGGGACGAAUACAUCGCCUGGAGUCAAUGUGCUUCAAGCAAACUUGAUCCGGAAGAAGAAGAAGGCUUAG